AUGCGUUGCCAUUCUGGCAGUUUAUUAUACGCUCCAGGUUUUGUCAGACCUCUUUUGUGGGCUGUUUUGUGCGGGACGGUGUUAUAUCCAUUUAAAAAUUCGUUAACUGAUGUUAUUCGUGGGUGGGUUAGGCGUGUUGAUGCAGAAGAUCAGUUGCUUUUAGUAGAGACUGUUGUUGUACCGUUCCGAGUUUCUAAUGCUCUCUAUUCCAUUUUAAUCAGGAAAAUGUCUGAUCACUGGAGUUUACUUAAAACAUCUCUGUUUCUUCUCCUCGCUUUCAACAUUUCUUCCUACUUUGAUUUUUUCUGGCUCCCUGGAUUAUCUAUAAGUAUCUCUUACUUCUUAAUAUCAUUCGUUGAUUGCGUCUUAGAAUUUACAUCGUUCAAAUUGGUUAUUACUCUAGGUAUUAUCUACGGCAUGAUUGCUUUAUUAAAACCAUCCAAUUUCCACUUCGUGUACAGUGUGUCACACUUUUUCUGGCUUUCAUUGCUGUUGUGGUGUACAUCGUUUGGUGGGGUUCUAAGGAUACCCGUAUUUUUAUUUUCUGUUGCAGUCUUGAUAGUUGGCUACUGGGGUUUCACUGAAGAAGCUGAUGGCAGUUGUCAAGAACGGUGGGCUUCUUGCCAUACUGUUACUGCAUUAGAUGGGGGAUCUCCCGAGUUAAUUAGGAGUGCAGUUUCCUGUGACACACUAGCAGAAGUUAGUACGGAAUUCAGUAAGCCUUUCGAGGGUUCUACUCAAAUACACCAAAGUCAGACAAAAAAGGAAGAACAACAGCGCCAAACUGGUCUUCCUCUAAGAUGGUCGCAGUUUCUGAGGCAAGCUUUCCUUCCAGUACAGACAGGAUCGUCCUAUGGAUUUGAUCCAGUUAGUGAGCUCCGAGCUUUCAUGUCUGAACAGUUGUGUUUAUCUUCCGCAAAAUCAUGGAGUGCAAUAUUGGAAGGAAAAGGGUUUCGUGCGAGAGGUAGUUCACUUCCUAGAUCGGGAAACAUUUUUGACGCAGCUUAUACAAACGAUACUUGCUAUCCUGACAGUUCAUUUGUCAAUCGCUGUUUUCUUGCAUUAUUAUGGGCUCAUUUCUCGUCGCUAUUUGGCUUUAUCAAUGGCCAUUAUAUUUGA